AUGUCUGCGGCGGAGGAAAGCUCGAGAGGGCUUUCCCGUCUUCCGUCAAGGAGUAAAGUCAUGACGUCCUUCGAAAACUUGGUCGUACUCGCGAACUACCAAGAAGCUUUACGCGACGCUCGGAAAAUGGUUUGGCGGGAUAGGGGUGAGCCUGCUGUGGAGUUGUAUACUCUGUGGGAGUGCCUUGAACAUGCUGGUCGUGGCGGCCUGCGUGCCGGGACGUUCGGGUUUACCCUGAGGUCUGGCUUCAAUAUGUUCGUGCUGUUAUUUCGUAUCAGGAAAAUGCCUCGACAUUUUCGAUUCUCACUUAUACGCCAUGCUAUACUUGGGCUAGACUCCUUUAGAUUUGCUGCAAUGCUCGGUAGUUUCGUCGCGGUAUAUAAAUUCCUACUCAAUGCUUUACCUAUCCUCUUUCCUCCGCCUCGAGUCAACAAUGCUUUCUCCCCAUCUGAGUCUCCUACGACUCCGUUUGACGAGCUUCCUAUGACGAUGGCACCAACACGGUCCGAGCGACGACGUGGUCGUUUGUCUUUCCGUGCUCAAGCUCACGAAGUAUGGAUUCGAAAACGUACCCGACGAUGGCACGCUGUAGUCGCUGGUGCACUAUCAGGCCUGGCAGUUCUAUUUGAAAAGAAAAGCAGACGAGUAACGAUUGCGCAGCAGCUUUUCGUGCGUGGUCUGCAAGGGUCGUAUAAUGCGUUGAGUACGCGACAUAAUAUCAAGAUCCCACAUGGAGAUGUACUCGUCUUCGCGUUAUGCUGUGGUCAAAUUAUGUAUGGUUUCUUGCUGAGACCAGACACUAUUCCUCCAUCUUAUAGUACUUGGAUUCAGAACGCCUCCAAAGUCCCACCGCAGGCUGUCAAAGCAAAUCGCACGCUGAUCCGCGACGGUUAUUUCGAACCAGAUGAUUUCCUCUUGUUACUCUCUGAUCCUGUCACGACACCAUUAAACCGUGCUCGAAUAGCUUCUCGAGUGCUUAGUGCAGAAGAAUUUUCGGACUUUGGUCCACGAUAUGCACCUUGCGAGGUGGUGCAUCCAUGGCUCGAUUCGUGUAUGGAAGUACCACUUGAUAGAUUCCUCAGCGUUGCGAAGUGGAUGUUCCCGAUUUACGGCGCGUUGCAUUUGGUGCCACCCGUAUUAUUCAAAUGGAGGCACUUCCUAGAAAACCCGGGAGAGGUGUUUCUGAGAGCGGGUCUAGGGACUGCGCGGAGCUCUGCGUUCCUUGGUGUUUUUGUUGUUAUCUACCAAACCUACUUCUGCCUUAAACAUAACCUCCACCGAAUCCUUUCUUCCCCACGUUCACCACUGAAACUCCGAAAGGAAUGGAUAGACAUUCUGAUUUCAAAGCCUUCCUUCUGGCUUGGUGGGAUGCUUUCGGGAUUGUCGUUAUUUGUUGAGGCGAAGAGGAGGCGAGGUGAACUGACGAUGUACGUUCUUCCGAAGGGGCUUGAGAGUGCUUGGACGAUGGCGCGUGGAAGAGGGUAUGUGUUCCAUGCGGGACCGUAUGGUGAUGCGAUUUUGUGUGCAAUUGGAAUGGGAAUGGUUAUGAAUACAUAUCAGAAUGAUCCACAACAUUUGUCUGGCCUUGUUAGACGCAUUUUGUACCAGUUUAUUGGACCAAACUGA